UCCCCAUUCUGAAAGAAUGGGUUGGCCUAGUAGAGAGUCCUUCAAUAGCUUUGUUGGCCAAAGAGCUGUAGCCUGAAAGUCAGAAGUCUCCGUCAUCCUACAGGAAGAGAGAACACGUCAGGGGCAAAUUGCCUGACGUUUGGAUCUUUCUCUUAAUUAUCAAGACCAACCAACCACACGCAAAACGGCCAACAUGCAUAAAUGAAAGAAAGCCAAGCACGGCGUGCCAGAGCUGGUCCAACAGUUGUUCUGGUUAGCUCUAAGAGAGAAUUUGAAGUUAGCUAAGGAGUGGAGAAUAAGAAUGACAAAGUGAUGCUCUCUCUGAGGGCUCUUAGUAUCUACGGCCAGGGUCCGCCCAAGAUCUUGUCUCUGAGGACCCCAAGUUCUUUCUGGACGUGGUUCUGCAGCAGCAGCAGGUUCUGCCCCGGGGGUCUCUGGCUGGUGUAUUGGGGUAAGGAAAGCCGGGGUGCCAGCUUGGCUGUCUCGGUUUCCGUAUGCCCAUAGAUGGAGACAGUAACCUGGCAACUGGGGGCUUAUUGUGUGCUCAUAAUGCAGCCAGACAGGAUAAAAGGCAGCGCCUCCUCCUGCGGUCAUCACUUCUUGGAAGUGCAGCUGUGACGAACGAGGUAGGAUAAGGCUCGUCUCCAGUGUUUCCACCAGCUUGUCUCCAACAGUUCCAUCCUGUGAACUGGCGAUCAAGCUUCACGUUCGUUAGUCAGAUGAGACCAGUGAAUACGAGAGCGUUUAAAUUUGCCUUCCUUUUAACAGGCACGAGAUGAGUGCAGCGAUGUCACAGGGUGAACGGUCCACUGGGAAGACCCUAGCGGGCACGAUGGAGUCACGGGACGUGACCCCGCAGAAGGGCUCUCUCCAGCUCCUCGUGAAGAAACGGGAGUCCGCCAGUGCCACAAGCCCCAGCGUGGUGCGCCAGCGCCCACCAGUGCCACGGGCACGGUCACGUUCACGGAAGAGACGCAUCCGUGUCAAAUCCGUGGAAAUACUGCGGGCACACGGUCGGCUCAUGGAGACGAUCGAGGAGGAGCCCCUGGACAGCUCGGGCGAGAUCGAAACCUUCCCCGUUGCUGUCAAGGAGGUUGAGAGCCACGUGGAGAGCCUGGGUGGCAGGAAGGGAGCAGAGAGUGCGAGGACCUCCCUGUCACCAGCUCGGACUAGCGAGCCUGAGAGCAAUCCAGGCGUAGCGGAGUCCACUGUUAAGAGGAGGAGGGCAGUCUCUGAGACGCUCUCAGAAAGGGGAGAAAACAGCAAUGCCAAAGUUUCAGGGGGUGGUCGCAGACCUCUGAGAGGACUUCGAGAAGCGCGCCCUCCGAAGCCUGGCAAGACGCUGCAGCUCUUUGAGGAGAAUGUCUCCUUAAAGGAUAAAGAGUCUCUUUCUCAAGCUGCAGCGUCUGAAGCAGAGAAGAGGAGCUGCUUUGCCAAUAAUAUUUCCGAGGAGACCAAGGCCUGCACUGCGCCUGGCGGCCUGGCCGCAGUCAGGAGGCACUCUGAGGACAGGCAGACCGCCUCCUCGAGGAUGAGCGAUGCUCGUUGCCAGCAGGAGCAGAAAACUGCACAGUUUCUCAGAUACACAGAAUCCGUCCACUGGAGAAGUGAUGAAAAGUGCCCAAAAGUUGAAGGCGGUAUGAACCAGCCAUUUCUAGCGGCAGAGAAGAUGGAAGCGCUAAGACAGCCAAAAUCUACAAUGUCUUCAGUGGCUUCCAGAAUGAAAGCAAUUAAUGCAAUCCUCAAAAAUCAACAACUUCCUGUAAGAGGUCCACGCCAUCUUGAAGCUGGUGCACCAAAUCCGGAGUGCAAAAGAAAGGAAUCCUCUGUGAUCCAGGUGUUUCCGAAUCUUAAGGAGCCACAGAGGAGGGAGCCAUUGCGCCAGCCAAUAAAGAAAAUCAAUUCUGCAGCUUCCAGACUGAAGGCCAUCAAUGAAAUGCACAAGAGCCAAAGUAAUCUUCUAGGAUGGCCAAACCAGCAAGAAGCUGCUUUAGUGGCUUACGAUAUGCAGUGGCGUGAAACCCCAGAAUGCAAUGGAAAGAACAAAGAUGAAGCCCUCGCAGGCCACGCGUUGUGCAGCAAUGCACAUCACGUUUCCAAUAAAAACCUGUAAUGACUUAAAA